GCCGAAGGGAGCGGAAGGGGCGGGGCCUGGAGCGGAAGAGGAAGCGUAGGCCGCCCCAGACCUGCCGGAGGGCGCCAUGGCCGUGCCGUGCGCUCUGAUCACCAGCUGCGCGGCCGAGUUCCCCGGCGAGGAGCUGGUGAAACGUAUCAUCGGGGCAGAAGAGCUUCCUGCGGAUGUUUCUUCAGGUGGGGAAGCCCGGUUUUACCCCUGGACGAUAGACAAUAAAUACUACUCUGCUUCCAUCCACCUGUGCGUUGUGCCCAAUAAGUUUCUUGUGACAGGUGCAAUUGCAGAGUCCGUGCAAGCCUUCUUGGUUUAUUUUGACAGCACAACCGUAUCGGGACUGGAUGGAGUCUCUUCGUGGCUUCCUCUUGUGGAAGAGUGGCUGCCAGAAGUGAUGAUAUUAGUCUGCGACAGAGUUUCUGACACUGGGGUCAGCCGGCAGAAGGCACAAGAGUGGUGCAUCAAGCACAGCUUUGAGCUGGUGGAGCUCAACCCGGAGGAGGUGCCGGACGAGGACGAUGACUUUCCAGAAUCCACCGGAGUGAAGCGAAUCGUCCAGGCCUUGAAUGCCAACGUCUGGUCAAAUGUGGAGAUGAAAAACGAUAUGAAUCAGGGCUUUGGAUUCCUCACGGCCUUUGCAGGCGCCAACCGCAUCAUCGCAUCAGGAAGGAACGAAGCUCCCGAAGCCGAUCCUUUGCCAGACCAGAGCACAGAGUCCUCUGUGGACAACCGGGGAGAUGCGACCGAUGCAAACGGUUGGCAGGUGGACACAGUUGCUGAUCCCAUGCUGGAUCUGGACAUUCAAGAGCUCGCCAGCCUCACCGCCGGAGAGGGAGAUCUGGAGAAUUUCGAGCGCCUCUUCUCCAAGCUGCAGGAAAUGAAAGAGAAGGCAGCCACCCUACCUCGGGAGCAGAGGAAGUUGCAUGCAGAAAAGGUUGCCAAAGCUUUCUGGAUGGCCAUCGGAGGAGACAGAGAUGAGAUCGAAGGCCUGUCUUCUGACGAGGAAAACUGAGGGUCCUUCAAAGGCUGUGUCGCAGAGCAGACAAGGAUGGUUGCGAUGCCAGCGGCUUCCGCCGGGACCUGCUUUCACGUUUCCCCUUCAACGAGGGCCUCCUUGUUCCAUCCGAGACUCUAGAGACACCAUGAUGCCUCGCACACUUUGAUAACGUUCCGCGGCAGUGAAAAAAGUAGGUGGCUCCACGUCUCGUUCCCUUGCCUGGAUUUAUCAGCAGUGGCGUGGACCGCUCGGUUAAAGAUUUCGCAAACUGUGUUUUCUGGCCAUCCUCUAGCAUCUCCAAUGGCAUCUCUCUCUCUCUCCCUCUUUCUCGGUACAACUGGCUCCUUGUAGUUCUCCCCUUUCUUCAUGUCUUCCAUUUUAAAGCGGAAGUGGGCACCCGGAAGAGGCAGCGAGGGAGUCUUUGGGGGAUUUCUUUUUGCAGGCGGGAGCUGCCUGAUAGAAAAGCACGACGGCGGAAAGAGUAGCCGGCAUCACCCAAAAUGCAUUUUCAAUUUUUUACAUUGCAACCUAUCAUCGUUGGGGCAAGCAUGGAAAAGGGAAAUAUUUGAAGGGGGGAGGGGGUUGUCCCCUGGCAGCUUGAAAUGGUAUAGCGAAGUAACCGAAAGAAGAAGCUUGUGUACAGUUCCAGUUUUUGUUGGUAACGCGCCAUCUCUGUAGCAAUGAAGCGUGGCUCUUCAGAGGGUCUUGUCCAAAUUCCUGCCAGCAGAUGAGGCCGCAAAGGCGAGCUUUGGAGGACUGUAACCCCCUUCUUGAAGGCUGAGGGCAGUGAACUGGGCCAUUCCAGGGGGGAAAGACGGCCCACUGUCCCGCCACGCUGUUGGCGGAGGGGUCUUUGGCAAGCGGUUGAGUCCACAGUCAGCCUUUCAAAGUCAUUAGGGCAGCUCGGUGGAGUCAAAGUGCCACUGAGUUCUGAAGGACACUCAUCUAUUUAGAACGGUAUCGAGGAUCUGGCUUUGGAGAGCGGGGCACGCACAGUGUUUGGGCCAAAUGCAGAUUCCUUAGAGGAGGGGUGGCUUAUCUCAGCCCGAAGAUUGUUGCUGGAACAAUACGAGUCUACUCCAAAGGAAUUCACACACACACACAAGUCUUUCUCGCAAAACUCAUUCCCACUCAGUUGAAGCACUUUAUCUUAAAGCUUAAGUCGACUUUAAAUGUACAUAGGAAAGCUAGCCAGUUGCGUGUUUAAAAGGAACGGGAGCCUUACUCCUGGCCGGUGCGGUAAAGCAAGGCUCCGGUCCAUCAGAAUGUUUUCUGCCUUCAGCCUUGCAAAUGGGGCAGCUGCAGACCUUCUGUAGAAAAGCUUCCCAGCAACUUGGGUCUUUCUCCCCCUACAUACACCCCCCCGGGCAGGGACAAGAGGCCCCGUGAACGGCUUCCGCCUCCUCAUGCUUUUUGUGUACCGUAAAUGGGCUGAAUAAAGUCUGCUUGAAGUACAGGCCUGAAA